CAUGAUUUCUUCGGGGGAUGGGAAACAAAUGUCCCGGAAUGGGCCCGUACGCCAGAAGACUCACAAGAAAACGACUGUAGUGUAGAGCCCAAAGCUGAGGUUUUGGGAGUAGGGUUCCAUAGAAGACGAAAUUCAUUUCAGGGUUUUAUACCCAAGCCUAAACCCCAACGCCAGCCCCGACCACAUCCGCCUCUCUCGUAGACUCCUCUGACAAUGGCGUCCUUGCUUAAAGUGAACCUCCAGCUGGGGUUCUUCUCUGGAGGUAGUCAUCGGAACCAAAGAUCAAGAUCAAGAUCGUCUGUCAUCUCAAUGUCGUCCUCCGUGUCAACCACACAAAAUCUCUACAAAACGACGUUGUCCCAGAACCUCAGCAUUCCCAUCAUGGUAAAUGGUUGUACAGGCAAAAUGGGGAUGGCUGUUAUCAAAGCAGCAGACUCUGCAGGAGUUAAUGUUGUUCCUGUAUCAUUUGGUUCGGCAGAGGAGUCUGGACAAACUUUGCAAGUGCAUGGGAAGGAUAUUGUGGUACAUGGUCCAGCUGACAGAGAAAAUGUCCUUGCAUCUGUCUUCAAUGAACAUCCAAAUUUGAUUGUGGUGGACUACACUGUGCCUUCUGCGGUAAAUGAUAAUGCAGAGCUAUAUUGUAAAGUUGGAGUGCCCUUUGUGAUGGGAACCACUGGUGGAGACAGGGACUUGUUGUAUAAGACAGUAGAAGACUUUAAAGUUUAUGCAGUAAUUUCCCCACAAAUGGGUAAACAGGUUGUUGCGUUUCUUGCAGCCAUGGAAAUUAUGGCAGAGCAAUUUCCUGGGGCCUUCUCUGGGUACUCCCUACAGGUGAUGGAAUCCCAUCAAGCAAGCAAAAUGGACACAUCUGGAACUGCCAAAUCUGUUAUUUCUUGCUUCCAGAAAUUGGGGGUGUCUUUUGAUGUGGACCAAAUACAAAUGAUACGGGAUCCCAGGCCACAACUUGAGAUGGUGGGAGUUCCAGAGGAGUAUUUGUCAGGUCAUGCAUUUCAUAUGUAUCAUCUGACAUCACCUGAUCAAACAGUUUCCUUUGAGUUUCAGCAUAACGUUUGUGGUAGAUCAAUAUAUGCAGAGGGUACCAUUGAUGCAGUAUUAUUCCUUGCUAAGAAGGUCCAGUCAAAGGCCGACAAGCGGAUAUACAAUAUGAUCGAUGUCUUGCGGGAGGGUAACAUGCGAUGAAGUAGGGUUUGAAUACAGAUUUGUAUGAGUAUUUAACUUAGCUUAAGUUUAUUAGGUACUUGUUUUAGUAACUUUUUUUUGAUAAGUAGGUACUUGUUUUAGUAACUUGGGGAUAACAAUUUUGCAUUCAUAGUUUUGGGCAUCAUCGUUUUCUACUA